GUCCCUAUCUUUCUUCAUGAAAAAUGGUAUAAAUACUUUACAUUACUCACAUCCUCUCCAACACUCGCCUCCCUCUCCAUCGUCCAUUCAAAAUGAAAAGCACAUUGCUUACUCUACCUUUCUUGCUCACUCUCGCUCUUGCAACUGAUGCAAACAAACCAGUAACCGCUGAUUCUUCCUCUAUAUCUGAGCAGGAGUUGCAAAUAAAAUGCUCUACUGAUGAAAAUUGCGUUAAAUCCUACAACAUUCAAACCGAAAAGUGUUCCUUCAAUGAAAAAGAUUCAGAUGAAAGCGCCUUUUUGAUUUUGGAGUGUCUAUGUGAGUUAUCUGACGACGAAUACUGGAAUUACUUGAAAGAUUGUAUUCUAUGUCCUAGUCCAAACCUCGACGAGUCCUACGUCAAUAACUUGAAAUCAACUUACUGUUCAGACGUCGAAAAUGGCUUCAAAUCUCUUUCUUUGGAUGACGAUGUUUAUGAAUUAUACACAGACAACUUGGCUGAUACAGCCCAAACUGACGAUAACGACGUUUCUGUAACUACAGGUUCAGCUGGUUCUCGUUCUGCGUCUGCUACCUCUACUCUUUCUGCUCCAUCAUCAACCUCAGACUCAGACUCAGACUCAGAAUCAAGCUCUGCUUCUCAAUCAACCGCUUCUAGAUCAAGCGCCUCUGAAUCUGAUGCUUCUGACGCUGAUUCUACAUCUGCUGAUUCUGCUAAUUCUGCCUCAGAAUCGGAAUCAGAAACCUCUUCCAGCUCAAAUGCUGCUGUUAAAAUCGCCUUAUCAUCUUCAGUUCUUGGUGCCUUAGCUCUUUUCUUUCUUUAAAUGAACCUUCUGUCAAAGGUCGUCAC